GAAAAUGGGCUCAUCCCCGCAGUGCGAGAAACUCGCCUUCAAAGUCCAAGAAUGAACAAUGGACACAUUGAGCUAUUAUUGUCCGCUUUCAGACUUCUACGCCAGGGUAGCAAUGGCAUAGUCCAACUUCCACAGAUCGUGAGACGAAGGGGUCAACCGGUGUAUAAGAUGACGGUCUUCAAUGAAGCUCUGACCACCCCUACUUUGUCGUUUCCAAACCGACCGCUGGUCUUUCGGGCUUCGCAACGGCACUCAAACACCCAUUUGCUUCAGUAUCUUCCGAUCUCGAACCCCCCCACUCGCUCCCUUCAAUUGACAUCACUUUCCUUUUCCCCACUCACUCUCUUCUCUCCCAUUUUCAUUCCCAUGGCGCACGCUAUCGAUAUGCAGCGUAUCCCUAAACACGGCCCAAAUCAUGUCUAUAAGACUCGCGAACAAGCAGAACGGGCUAAACGAGCGUCACAAAGAAUCAAGAUGCCACCAGCUAUCUAUAUUCCCCUUAGGCCUCAACCCAAGCUUUUUCUGAAGCCGGGAGAGAAAGAGGAAUAUUAUGUGAACGAGAAGAGAAAACAUAAACUAAAGCAACGCAAUAUGCAUCGCCUCAGUCUCUCUCGAGGUAUUUUAUUCGUGUUCAUCGCUCUCAACAAUGCUGUUGUCAUGAUCCUACUUCUUCUUUCCCUUGCGCUGGGCUCAGGGACGGUUUGGGAAGCUCUAUUCCAGAUUCCGAACUGGUUCUCUCUCAUUAUCAUCGCAUUUCAUCUCUUUCAUCGUCUCAAGGACCGAAUGUUUGAGACAGUCAAACUACGAAAUUAUGUAGUUUACACGGCGUUGAUCGCAUUUGCUCUUUGCAGUGCUACCUUAUUCAUAAUUCGCAUUCAGAAGGGACGCAUGUGUCGAGAUUUCUCAGCCCUCGAACCCAAAUCUUGUCAUGCAUCUCAGUUUUUGAUCACUAUCUCAUUCUUGACAGCGCUUUCGGCUGCAGCUGGAAACGUAGCUACCUUUCAUUUCACCAGGAUUGGGCGUCCCGUAGACCAAGUGCCUCAGCCACUGCAUGAUCCUUUCACUGACUUCAACAUCCCACUGAAGCAUUGGAAUCCGAAAGUCACCGUCUUUUACGAAGACAUGCCUCCCCCUCAAAAGGUCCAACCAGCGGAGGUUGGGGAGGGUUGGGUGGAUGUUCCUCUCUAUGUUCAGUAUAAGAGAGGAUAAUUCAAUCAUCAAAGUUUCGUAGAUAAAUCUCGAACAAUGUACUGCAUCCACUUCAACCAACAAAGAGACCCAAUCUUGAUUGUAUAA